CCAGGUUGGAUCACACUGACUUUGUUGGGCACGGCACUGCUAAGUUACAAACAUGAGUCUGUGAUGCUCCGUCAGUAACUGGGAAUCGGAGCCACUGAAUAACACCUGGAUUUAGCAGCUGACGGGCGUCCGGGGACGGGUGGGGGGAUAUUAUCUGAUCCCUCUAUAAGAGGGGAUCACUCCUCCUCAGCUGCAGCACUGCAUGUGUGUCUUUGACUGGAGUAAUGGCUCUGUUCAUGGACUCAGAAUGUUCUUUACUCAAGACAAACCAGCAGAAAGACGCAAUGGAUUUGAAGAGUUUAUUUGGAGAACACAAUCACUGUGGAGAGCUGGACAGAGCUGCAGGCAUGAUGGAGGGUCAGAGGAAGAGGAAGAGGACCAUCUUCAGCCGCGCCCAGCUGUCGGACCUGGAGCAGGCCUUCGCCGUGACUCCGUACCCAGACAUCACCCUGAGGGAAAGGCUGGCGGCGCACACACACCUGCCAGAGAGCAAGAUACAGGUGUGGUUCCAAAACAGAAGAGCAAGAAGCAUCAAGACCGGUCGAUUCCCAAAGUCCAGCAAAGCUGUCCCAGAGCGCAGAGGAACAGCAGAGCCUCCCCCUGGACUCAUCAGCUCCCCCUUCCCCACCCCGGUCUGCCUAGAAGACAUAUUCAGACCAGAGCAGAACCACCACUGUGAGGACGCUGCACAAAACUACGCUGAAUGGAUCCAAAUCUACAGCAACCCUGGGUCCACGCCGUCGUCAUCCUCUCUCCACCAGCAGACGAUGCCCAGCUUCACCAAACCUCCAGAGUCCAGUCUCUGGGAGGAGGAGCCCCACCGGCAGCAGCAGCACCUGGGCCCGACGCUCUCGGGUUUUCUCCCCGGUUCUUACGCUCAGCCCAUCACCAGGCAGACGCACCACUCCGCCUCCUCUCACUCGUACCAGGCCUUCAGGAACUUCAAGCCCCAGAGCUUGGCUCCACAUGCAUCUGUGUACGGAGGCAACGCCUCUGUGGACCAGGUGGUCCCGAGCCACCCUCAGUCCGUGUACUGGGAGGUGAGUCAGGGCCACCCCCAUCACCACCACCCACAAAUGGGACCACAAACCUCCAUGGGAUACAUCUCAGACCUGAUCUACAACGCUGCUAUUGUCACCAACUUCCUGGAGUUUUGACUCUGGAUGAGGAGGAUUCUGCCACAGCUCUUUGUAUUUAUCUCCACAUUUUGUGUGUCUAAACCUAAACCUGUGUGGAGUCAGACUUCAGUAGUUAAACGUGUGAUUAAUGGUUAGUUCAUGCUUGUUUGUUGUUUUGUUUCUUUUGUUCUCCAUCAGAAUAAAUUAAUCCCAGACAGAAGAGUAGUGUCUGCUACUAAAUUUCCAGUUUUUCAUGUAAACUGAUACACUUCUUUCAUAUUAUGGUUCAGAUUCGGGUCAGCUGCAAACAUCCUGUUAGCUUCACUUUGCUGACGAGCUAUUUAUGAGUUUGAUGCAUUAUUUAAACCAUGGGGACAGUUUUUCAGAUUGCAAGUUGCCAGGGUCGAAGGUUCAGCAUCUUGUACAGUAGAUGCUGAUGAUGCUGAACCACUGAUGCUGCCUUGGAAGGACACAAAACUCAAAACAUUUCUAUCAAUAAGUAAAUAAAAAGCAGGAGGCAAGUUUUUGGGCAACAACUUGCCUGUAAACACUGUUAUACAUGGAUUCGUCUCACAGACGCCAGCUCCUGUUUUCCUGUUCUAAGCUGAACCGUGGCAUAUUUAAUGCCCCGACCCCGAGUAUUAUCUUUCAAAACAUCCUGAUUAAAAUGAUUCCUUGCGGUAAGGAAUAAUUAUUUUCUAAGUCAAAAUAUAUUGUUUUCAUUCUGUUGUGCCAGUGCUGAAUGUAUCAGAAGGGACAGAGGGAGGAAAAGAAAUGAAAAAUAAGAACUAAAUUAAAGCUGGAGCUCAGGGUCUAUCAGCUUACAGGCUCUGUAAUUCUGCUUGGAUUUAAGUUUGGAAAUAUUACAUGAGAAGUAUAAUACACCGGCAAAUAUGACAGACAGUGGAUCCCACUGUUCCCCAGUGCUGGUCAGAGAUCGCUGCAUAUCAUAAUCAUCUUUAAUACCGAAUAAGCUUUCAAUAAACCUUUAAUCCGGGUGUCAAAUCUCAGAUCUUAGGUCCCAGAUCUUUUUUUGUAUUCCAGAUGUAGUUACAUCUUUUAAUCCAUCCACUGAUAUGACAC